UCCUCAGAUUUUCAGCCCAUCACUCAGCCGUAUCCUCGAAGCUGCGGGUGCCCGGAAAUGGCAACCGAAACCCGGCGACGAGAUCUCAUCCCCCUCGUGUCAUGUCACUCGUGCCCAACUCCUCCCCGUCACCGCUCCACUCGGCCAGCCAGAUCCAGAUGGCUGGCACGACUCGCCGGCCGGGCAAGCCGGCCCCGCCAUCUCACGCCGCGAAGCGGCUAGCACUGUGUCUGACCACCCGCCUCGCGUCGCUGGCCCUCCUCCUAUGCGCCGCCGCCGGCGUCCUCCUCUACUCCAAAACCACCCCGGCGUCCCAAAUCGUCGGCAGCUCAAAGGAAUCCAGUACGGCGUCGACGGCGCCCUCCUCCCCGACUAUGGAGACCAUCGAGGGCGCGCGCGCCAUCUGGGAGCUCCCUGCGGCGCCGGCCAGAGGGGUCCUCUUCUUAGCCCACGGCUGCCGCUGCCGCCCGGAGAACUUCUGGCCACCGUCCCAGCGCUGCCCCGGCUGCGUCGGGCUGCCGGAGGACGUCGCCAUCACGGACCGCGCGCUAAGGAGGCGGUUCGCGGUGCUGGCAGUGGCGAGCGCCGGGGACUGCUGGUCGCUGGGGAAGGAGGUGGGCGCCGCCAAGCGGGCGAUCCAGUCGUGGACCGCCAAGAACGGCCUUGGAGGCCUGCCAGUGGUCGCCCUCGGCGCGUCGUCAGGUGGGUACUUCGUCUCCCGGCUUGCGGCCAAGAUGAGCCUAGCCGCCGUCGUGAUGAUGAUCUCUGAGGGCGUGUUCGACCCGGCGGGAGCGCCGCCGGGCUAUCCGCCGUCCAUGUUCCUUCACAUGCCGAAGGACCAUAAGAGGGCCGCGCUAGUGGGAAGGAAUGCGAAGAUGCUGAGGAUCAAUGGCGUUGAGGUGAGGGAGCUUCAGAGCCUGGAGCUUCCUCUGACGCCGACGCUGCUGUCCGAUAGGAUACCAGGGCUGGAUCAUGGGUUGUCCGAAAGGAUUUGGAAGAUUUUCAGUGAGGAAGGGUUCAUUGAUGAUAGAGGGUACAUGAGGAAGGAUGGCCGGGCAACUCCAUGGAAGGAUGCAGUGGUGAAGAGGGGGUUCUGGGAGGAGGUAUCCCAGUGGGCUGAGCACAUCCAGGAGGAGCUGAAUCUUGCUUAUGGAUACCAUGAGAUGACAAGCUUGCAAGCUGACGAGAUGUUCAGUUGGAUUGAGGAGCACCUGAGCUGAGCUUUUGUUGUUGAUACUUGAUUAAUUGUUCGUCGCUCUGUCUGGCAUAUGGGCUUACCGGCUUAGGAUGAAAUGGUGCUAGUAGUUGCGUCGCAGAAGAAGAAACUGAUGUACUGGUUGGUGAAAUCGGAGAGGAAGCUGUGGGGUUUAGCUCUGGGAAUUCAUCUAACGUGAAUUGACACUGAACUACGGAACAUACAGGCAUAAUGUUAAGUAACAAAUUGACUUGAUGCGAAUAUGUGCAUUUCCUUCA